AUGGUGGCAUUGACAGAAACAUCAUUGAGCCUACUCGGAUUUCUCUACUUCUUGGGUACAGCAAACGCCCAAAAGAUUCUGUGGGAAGGCAGAGUCAACCAGACGGCUGUUCAAGCUGAUUUUGAUAACGGAAACACGGCGUACAACCCCAAAUUUGUACUUGGAGCAAAUGAAACGUGGAAGGGCGUCUUGAAAUUGGAUGCCAUCAACGCUCAAGCCUUGUUUGAUCGUCCCAAAGAUCAAUCAUUGGGCAUUGUUAUUAAUGACAAGUCCAUCUUUGCUCCUGGAAAUCCUCCGAAUCGUCAGGUUGGGUUCCGACGUGCUGAACUCAUUCCAAAUGGAGUCAAAAAGAUUUUUUCCGGUGUCACCACAUACCACUUUAGUGUCAUGCCUGAUCCAACUCGCCCACUGAACUACACUCAUCAGUACCAAAUGCUUUUCCUUGAAACCAGUGAGGGCAAACACAUUUUUGGCUUUCAGUCUGGUGGAACAGACGGUCAAAACCUUACUUUGAUGAGCAGUUCUGUUGAGGGUUACGAUAAACUCAAGCCUUUGUACAGCGCACCUUUCACAGCUAACGUAUGGCAAAACUGGGCUUUGACUAUUGAUUGGACCAAAGCAACUCUGACGGCUUACUUCUCAACUGGCAAAACACCACUUGCCAAAGUGGUUGACACUAGGCCAAACGCUGUGAUCCAAAACGUGUCAAAUAUCGACAACUUCCAUCUCGGUUACAUUAAGGUUGGUAUGGGUGCAACGGAUCCUUUCAAAGGAAUUCAGCCAACUGGAAUCUCAGAGGGUGUGGUUUUCUCCAGUGCUUUCGUCGAAGACUCUACUGACGACGGGAAAACGUCUUACAACGCCAAAUACUCACUUGGCCAAAACUUGACAUGGUCUGCAGUCCUUAAACUGGACGCAGUCAAGACCAAAGCCUUGUUUGAUCGUCCCAUAGACCAAUCUUUGGGCGUUACACUCAGUGACAAGUCUAUAUUUCUUGCUGGAACAACUCCUCAGGCUGGAUUCCGACGUGCUGAACUUCUUCCCAAGUUUCCUGACGGAAUAGAAAAUAUCUUUUCUGGUGUUACGACGUAUCACUUCAGUGUUAUGCCUGAUCCCACUCGUCCUUACAACUACACUCAUGGAUACCAAGGUCUCUUUAUUGAGACUAAGGAAUCCUCAGCUCAAACGACCUUUCGCAACAAUAAUAUAGAUGGUACCCACGUCUUUGGACUCCAUUUUGGUGCAGAAUACGGUCAAAUGCUCACAUUGAUGCCUAGCUCUGUUGCGGGAUACGAUAAGUGGAAGCCUCUACACCAGGCUAAACUCACUGCCAACGAAUGGCAAAAUUGGGCAGUUACUAUUGACUGGACCAAAGCCACUUUGACUGCAUAUUUCUCAACUGGAACUAAACCGCUUGUCAAAGUGGUUGACACUACGCCAAACGCGGUCGCAAAUAUUUCUGUUAUCGAAAAUUUCCAUUUGGGUUUCCUCAAAGCUGGAUAUAAUUCUACCGAUGGGUUCAAGGGUGUCCAACCCUUCGGAAUCAACGAAGGAACUAUUUUCUCAGGUGCUUUUGUUGAAGAUUCUUCUGGUGGAGUCGUGACUUUAAGUCCAAACGGCACAGCAAAGGCAGCAAAUUCAACGUGUUUGUGA